AUGGAGCAACAAAUUAAGCCUUUCGUAGGAGGACUGUCUCAUGACACUAACGAACAAACCCUAAGGGAUUACUUUAGUAAAUAUGGAGAGAUCAAAAGCUCUAAGACCAUUAGAAACAGAAUCACUGGUUCGGGCAGAGGUUUUGGUUUUAUCGUGUUCCCAGACAGCUCUCUUGUUGAACAUGUCUUGAGUGAUACCCAUGUCAUCCUCGAAAAAAAGGUGGAAGUGAAGGUGGCUAAACCCAAGGGUUCGAGAGAAGCUGUGUUGGAGACUCGUGUUAAGAAGAUUUUUGUAGGGGGUAUACCGCCAGACUCCACAAAUGAGGAAUUGAAGGAACAUUUGGAGAAAUAUGGUACUGUGGAACAUGCCGAGAUUAGACGUCCGAUGGGGUUUGGGUUUGUCACCUUUGAAUCCAAGGAAGCUGCGAAAACUGCACUGAGAAACCGUUUCCAGCAUAUGAAGAAUAAGACGGUGGAGGUCAAGGUUGCAAAGGUUAAGCCAAAAGUUUGCCUGAAUAAUGAAGAACAAAAUGGCAAUGUGGCUGAGGAAAUUGAUGAAAUACAAGAUGAAAUUGACGGCGAAAGUGUUACUAAUGGUGAAGUGCAAACCCAAGAUGAAAUUGAUGGGAAAAUUCUUACCGAGGCUGCUAUAAGCGCUGGUGAUUCCUUUUAA